CAGGUUAGUGUGUUUUUUCUCUCUCAUUCAGGGAAAUAAUGAAGUUGUUCAUUCUGGUGGCUCUGUUCGGGCUGGGCCUCGCCCAGCACAACCCCCAGACCAAGCACGGCAGGACAACCAUCGUCCACCUGUUUGAGUGGCGCUGGGCUGACAUCGCUGCAGAGUGUGAGCGCUUCUUGGGUCCCAAUGGCUUUGGUGGUGUCCAGAUCUCCCCUCCCAAUGAGCACAUUGUGCUCGACAGUCCCUGGAGGCCCUGGUGGCAGAGAUACCAGCCAAUCGGCUACAACCUGUGCUCCAGAUCUGGCAGUGAGGACGAGCUCAGAGACAUGAUCACCAGAUGCAACAAUGUCGGGGUCAACAUCUAUGUGGAUGCUGUCGUCAACCACAUGUGUGGUGCCGGAGGUGGAGAGGGAACCCACUCCUCAUGUGGAAGCUGGUUCAGCGCCAACAGAAAAGAAUUCCCCACAGUCCCUUUCACCCACUGGGACUUCAAUGACAACAAAUGCAGGACUGGCAGCGGCAAUAUUGAGAACUACGGUGAUGCUAAUCAGGUCCGUGAUUGUCGUUUGGUCGGCCUGUUGGACCUCGCACUGGAGAAAGAUUUUGUCAGGGGCAAGGUUGCUGACUUCAUGAACAAGCUGAUUGACAUGGGUGUGGCUGGAUUCAGAGUGGAUGCCUGCAAGCACAUGUGGCCCGGCGACCUGUCUGCUGUUUACGGCCGUCUGCACAACCUCAACUCCAAAUGGUUCCCCAAUGGCGCCAGACCCUUCAUCUUCCAGGAGGUUAUUGAUCUGGGAGGUGAGCCCAUCACAUCUAGAGAGUAUACCCAUCUUGGAAGGGUGACCGAGUUCAAAUAUGGCGCCAAACUGGGAGCUGUCUUCAGAAAAUGGAAUGGCGAGAAGCUGUCUUACACCAAGAGCUGGGGAGAGGGAUGGGGUUUCAUGCCCGACGGCAAUGCUUUUGUCUUCGUUGACAACCAUGACAACCAGAGAGGACACGGUGCUGGUGGUGCCGCCAUUGUUACCUUCUGGGAUUCCAGGCUUCACAAGAUGGCCGUUGCCUACAUGCUGGCCCAUCCAUACGGUAUCACCAGGGUGAUGUCUAGCUUCCGCUGGAACCGCCACAUUGUCAACGGAAAGGAUCAGAAUGACUGGAUGGGCCCUCCCAGCCAUGGUGAUGGAUCCACCAAGCCUGUUCCCAUCAACCCCGACCAGACUUGUGGAGAUGGAUGGGUGUGUGAGCACAGAUGGCGUCAGAUCAAGAACAUGGUUAUCUUCCGUAAUGUUGUCAAUGGACAGCCUCACUCAAACUGGUGGGACAACCAGAGCAACCAGGUAGCUUUUGGACGUGGCAACCGUGGAUUCAUUGUCUUCAACAAUGAUGACUGGGAUCUGGAUGUUACCCUGAACACUGGCAUGCCUGGCGGAACCUACUGUGACGUCAUUUCUGGCCAGAAGGACGGAGGCAGAUGCACUGGUAAGCAGAUCAAUGUUGGUGGCGACGGCCGCGCCCACUUCAGGAUCAGCAACAAAGAUGAGGACCCCUUCGUUGCUAUCCACGCUGACUCCAAGCUGUAAUCAUAUCCUGUAAAACUUUAAAUAAAAUAUAUUUGAAUCAA